ACUCGCGUUCUGUCUCUGCCGCAUGCGCGCAUGCAGGCAACUGUUUUAUUUCGAGUGAAGAAGUGUGAUGUGCUCGCAAAGCCGUCGCAAGCAGCAGAGUUGCGUUUGUGGGCUUCGCAUGAAGAAAGCGAGGAAAACGGUUUUUAUUGCAGACCCAUAGUCGCGUCUGCGUGCAUUCGUCUUGUAGUUCCGUGAUGUUUCUCUCUUCCACUUGCCUCCCGAAGAAAAUCCAGCUCGCGGAAAGGUGAGUCGCCGGGGGGCGUUCACUGCUCGCGUCCGGCUCACGUCCUUGAUUUGCUUGGGUCUUUUUUCUUCCUUCAGUCUUUUGCCGCAGUGAUCGCAUUUCGCUUCGGCGAGCCACCCUGUUUUUUUCCGCAGCCCUCGCGAAGGCGAAAACCUUCCUCAGCUGCUGUCCUUUCUCAGGAGCAUGUGUGUCGAUUCUCUCGCAGCAUGCAACCUGUUCCACUCUUCAGAAAGUUGGUAUCUGCUGUUUUUCAAGGCCGCUUCUGAAUUUCGUCUUCACCUCUUCUGUCCCUCGUCGCAACGUCGCCUUGCACGCUUCCGUCUUCUUCGAAACUCCUCGAGGUCCGCUGCUCUCCGAACUCGGCCCUGGCGAUAAGUCGAGCGCUUCUGUCUUUUUCGGUCGAUUUCUUUGUCGGCGACAGAGAAGAUGCGCAGGCCGUCUGGACCAGGCUUCCGUCUGCGCGCCCUGUUGUCCUCCUCACGAUUUCUGUCUGCUUCCCCCCUCCAACUUGCGUCUCAAGAGAUUCCUUCGUCCAAGGUUUCUACCGAGCCCCGCUGUGCAUGCACCGAAGGAACCUGAGCGUUUUCCGCUGCCGUGGAAACUUCGCCGCGGAACUCCGCCAAAUCGACGUCUCCGCAGGGAUCUGAGCAUCCGCCUAUAAGAGCAACGCUUCGAGCCGCCAGGCUCGGCUCCCCGGCAAGAGCACCGCUGCGCGUAGGACUCUCCGGAGACGCAGAAAACGGUCUCUGCUGCGCAACUCCUUCUGGAUGAAAUUCUUCUUCGUCUCACCUCUCCGUUCCUCGUGCGUCGCCGUAUAUUCGGGCAACGGCCGCAGGAGGCGUAACUGUGGCGGACUGAAAUCUUCUUUCGUCUGGUCCAUCGGUCGCCGCAGGACGGCCCGGUCGCGUCGCAGAUACUCUGUCGACUUUGUCUGUUUCCUCACAAUUCGGUUCAGAGGUCAUUCCGGAACUCUGCGUCUUCAGUGCCGGCCGGAUACGCAGGCUUCGGUGACGAAAUCUGCGUCUGAGGGUGAAUGUUUACGCGCCGCGACUUGAGGAUCCGCGCCUCUGUCGCAGUCUGCCUGAGACUCGAAAGAGUCGUUUUCCGAGGCCUCAGGAACCUUCGCCGAUCUCUCAGCGGCGGAGCGUCGCCGCGUCUGAGGGCAUCGGAGUUCUCUCGCUCUCUUCGAAAGCGAGAAAGUCCAUGUCACAGAGUCAACUCGCCCAGAGUGCAUGUGCGACAAGGAAAGCAGCCUGAGGAAAGGAGAGGUCUGAAGCUGAAGAGGGCAGGGUGCCCACCUGAAUCACAGAGUUUUGCCAAAGUCUCUCCCCUCCUCUGGUGUUUGUGGUUCCACGCUCCUCCUUCUCUUCCUCGAACUCGUUCACCGUCUUCUUCCCCUUCCGCGUCUGCUUCUGUUCGUCGAGUCCUUCUUGUGCCUGCGUCCGUUUGUUCUCGCCUGUUUCUUCUCACUUUUUGACUGAAAGAUGUUGCCGUUCUGCGGCGUCAACGCCGAGACGCUGGUGCAAGCGCUCCAGAAGCAGAAGCUUCGAGUCGACGGUCGCGGCCCGGACCAUUUCCGGCGUCUCCAGAUUUCUUUUCGGCAGAGCAAUGGCUACGCGGAGAUCGCGUUGGGUCACACCCGCUGCGUGUCUCAAGUAACUGCGCGCCCGUUUGCCUUGCUGCCGACGGACCGAGCGUCUGACGGGGAGUUGUCGUUCCGCGUUUCUCUGUCUCCGUCCAUUCCUGCAACUUCUGCAGAGCUGGCCGGACAAGUUGCGCUUGCUGCCUCGCUAGCUGCAGACAGCCGCAGACGCGGAGGCAAAAGUUCGGAACUCGAACGCGAGCUCGAACGCAUGCUUCGUCGCCUCCUCAAAGACAGUCGAGUCGUCGACACCGAGGCGCUCUGCAUUCAAAGCGGAAAAUGGGCUUGGCAUGUCCUUGUGGCAGUGACGGUUCUAGAGGACGAUGGAAAUUUGCGGGAUGCGGCUCUUCUGGCUGCACUCUGCGGACUCAUGCACUUCAAAAAGGAAGCAGUGACCGUCGACGGGGAGACAGCGGUGCUUCAUGCUGCGGCAGAUCGCGAGCCGCUGCCUCUGUGCAUCCACCACCUGCCCGUCCUCGUUUCGUUUGCUUUCUUGCCGCCUCGAACGUCGCUGCUCAACGUCAGUGCGCCGAAGACCGAGGGGGAAGAAGAAGAAAAUGUCUCCGGAUCUUCUUUUCCGAGUGACCUGCGCAACGUCCACGAUGACGACGACGACGUGGACUACGUCGUCGACCCGUCAGCUCUUGAGGAGGCAACUCUCCCAGGCAAGGUGUCGAUUGCCGUAGGGAAGCAGGGCGAGCUCUGUGGCAUGUACAAAGUCGGAGGACCUGUUCUUCGGUUUUCUCACCUCAUGAAACUCACCAAGCUCGCCGCAGCGAAGGCGAAAGAACUUUUGUCGAUUGUUCAGGCGGCUAUCCAGCAGGAGCGCGAGGGCCAGCAGCGGCGCCGCCGAACAAACGCGCGAAGCCGGUACGACGAGCCGUCUGUUCUCCUGACUCUGCCGGAGAAACACACGCUGCCGCUUCCGUCAACAGGCCUGACGGUACCGAGUGCUCCGGUCCUUCCGACCCAACCGUGUUUUUCUGCUUCUUCUCCCGAAACAGAGUCGCCGACAUGGCCUGUCGCUACGCUGGACGACUCGCGAAAGUCUUCUGAAUCCAGUUCUGCGUUGCCACCUUCGCCACCGCGCCUGUGUCGGAGCUCCGAGCCGCGAGAGGAGGGCCGCGCUCACGGAGAACGAGUUUUUCACGGCGGAGGAAAUCGACGAAGUAUGGAACAGAGAGAAACAAACAAUUCCAUUCAGAACAGCGGAGCGGAGCGGAGCAGUCCGGCGAGGCUGACCUUCCCGUUCACGCAGCAGUUUCUGAAGGGGCGCCUGCGACGGAGGAUCCCGACAAACCGGUGCAGCAACGCGAGUUGGGAGUCAACUCACGAUUCCAGAUGGGUUUGAAUGGAGAACUCGGGGAUCCCGGAGAGGAAGACCUCGAUCUGUCGAGUGCGAUUUCAUCUUCGUUCGCCUCCAAGGUGAAAAAACUGCGGAAGUCGCCGUGAACAAAUAACGCCAAACUUUGUGAGUGCGUGCGUUUUGCGCUCCCGCCGUCGGGGGUGUUCCGGUGGGCAGACGAAGUGUUUCCGAUUCACUGCGGGUUGCCAUCGCUGUCGAGCUCUAACUUCAGACUCGGUAGUAAACUUUGGUGCCAGUUGUUUGUCCAGUUCGUCAGAUGCGGUUCGCAGGGACGAGCUGUAUUUUGCUGAAUACAUGGUUGUCAAAGCAGACUUUUUACCGGCAGGUCUCGACCAGUGCGCUCCCAAGCAUUGGUGCUCCACCUAGCAGCACCAGAUGGUCGGCAGAGCGACGUUAGUCUUUCAUGCGUAUCCUCCUUCCUCUUGCCGUAUACAAGCCAUCCGCAGAGCUAGCAAAUGGCAAACGAAAUCCACAACACCCCGUGCUGAGUUCGCAUCACAGCAGGACCCCACUCCCC